UAGUUUUUAAUCCCAUAUGGCGAUUAUAUAUUUUUUUCAUUUAAUUAUUUGUACUUUUUUCAUUUGAUCCUAAAGUUUGGGAUCCAAGUGUGAACACUCACUGACUGUUCGAGCUGUUCUCUCUUGAAGGAGUGGACUUUCUGUGUAUUGGAGCGCAGGGAAGAGGAAAGGAAAGCAGAGGAAGAAGUUCGCACCAGUUUUUGCCUCCAAUCCAGUGGAGGUUUCAAUAGCAGCGGCGCGGCAGGGGAGGGACGCACUGCCAGCUCUUGGGAUACCCACUCAGUUACACUCACACUCACACUCUCUCUCUCUCUCUCACACUCUCACACACACACACACACACACACACUCACACACACACACACUCCUGCCCACUAGAGACCAGUUAAAUCCGCAAGAAAACUGCAAACGCGCAUCAGAGCGGUCUCUUAAUCCGAUUGAUCGGUCCAGACAAGACGCGAGAAAGCCGGAGGAACUACUACACACCAGACAGGACAACUUGCUCUUUUGAUUUUUCUGUGAGAUCGGGGUAAUUUUUAUUUUUAUUUUAGUGGAGUUUUGGCAACUAGAGGCACCAUCCUUAGAGAGAAUGAGGCAGUGUAAAGGUUGGAGCUUGGUGCUGCUGAUGCUGCUGGGCCUGAGAUCGUUGGCCCAGAAGCUGCCAACAAGAGAUGAAGGGCUCUUUCAGAUGCAGAUCAGAGACAAGUCGCUGUUCCAUGACUCCUCCGUCAUACCAGAUGGAGCUGAGAUCAGUGGCUACCUUUUCAGGGACACGCCAAAACGGUACUACUUUGUGGUUGAAGAAGACAACACCCCCUUGUCUGUGACAGUUACACCUUGUGAUGCUCCUCUGGAGUGGAAACUGACCCUGCAGGAGCUGCCAGAGGAGUCCAGUGGAGAAGGAUCAGGAGAGCCUGAACCCCUGGACCAGCAGAAACAGCAGGUGACAGUAGACGAAGGCACAGAGCUCUUUACCUACAAGGGAAAUGAUGUGGAGUCCUAUGUGACAACCAGCACGCCCUCUGGUCUCUACCAGCUGGAGUUGCUGUCCACUGAGAAAGACAGCAACUUCAAGGUGUACACCACCACAACUCCAGAGUCUGACCAGCCCUAUCCGGAGCUGCCCUAUGACCCCCGUGUCGAUGUGACCGGGCUGGGUCGCACCACUGUCACGCUAGCCUGGAAGCCGACGCCGACUGGCUUUCUGAUGGGCCAACCUGUUCAGUACUGUGUAGUAAUCAAUAAGGAGCACAAUUUCAAAAGCAUGUGUGCCGCCGAGGCCAAAAUCAGUGCGGAGGAUGCUUUCAUGUUGGCUCCAAAGCCUGUCAGAGAUUUCAGCCCGUUUGACUUUGUGCACUUUGGUUUUGUUCCCUCUGAAAAUGGAUUUGGCAAGGAUAGAGGCCUUACUAGUAACAAAAUCUCACGAGCACAUUUAGCCAAACCCAAAAUGUCAGACAUUCAGAAGCUGUGCAUUGGCAACAAAAACAUCUAUACUGUGUCAGACCUUAAACCAGACACACAGUACUACUUUGAUGUGUUUGCUGUGAACACGGCUACCAACACCAGCACAGCGUAUGUAGGAACAUUUGCUCGCACUAAAGAGGAAGCCCGUCAGAAGACACUGGAGCUGAAGGAUGGCAAAGUGUCGGACGUUUUCAUCAAGAGGAAGGGCACAAAGUUUUUGCGCUUUGCUCCGGUGUCUUCACACCAGAGGGUCACGCUUUUUGUGCACUCGUGUUUGGAUGCGGUUCAAGUUCAGGUGAGGCGAGAUGGCAAGCUGUUGCUAUCCCAGAAUGUGGAAGGGGUGCGGCAGUUCCAGCUGCGCGGAAAACCGAAAGCCAAGUAUCAGAUCCGACUGCGAGGAAGCCGGAAAGGUGCAUCCACUUUAAAGGUGCUCACCACCACACGGCCCAGCAGCAAGCAACCUUUCCCUUCUUUACCGGAGGACACCCGCAUCAAGGCCUUUGACAAGCUGCGCACCUGCUCCUCUGUCACUGUGGCCUGGCUGGGCACGCAGGACCGCAACAAAUACUGCAUUUACCGGAAAGAGGUGGCUGACAACUACGGUGAAGAGCAGCGGCGCAGGGAACAAAAUCAGUGUGCCGGGCCGGAGACCCGCAGGAAGUCCGAAAAGGUCCUGUGCAAGUACUUCCACAGCCCGAACCUGCAGAAAGCUGUAACUACAGAGACCAUCACAGGUCUGGAGCCAGGAAAGACCUACCUGCUGGACGUUUAUGUGGUGGGACACAGUGGUCACUCAGUAAGAUACCAGAGCAAACUGGUGAAAACAAGGAAAUACUGCUAAAUGACUCUGCAAAGAAUAAAUCUAUUAUAUAAAUAUAUAUAUAUUAAAUAAGUUUAUUUAACACUAAGUGAUAUUCUACUAAGACGUGUACACAGACUGACUACUCAUGCAGCUGAUGGGCCUGUGGUAGAGACUGAACUGUUUGAAGAGAAAGAGAGGGAUAUCAACCUGUAUAUUUAUGUUUACAUUUUGUCUCAGAACGUCCGAGAGGCCCGAAGCGAUGUGCUUUUCCUACCAGUCUUGUCUUGACAUCAUGUUGCCUGCGAGGACGCAGAACUUCAGAGAAAAUCACAUUUCCUCCUGUAGGUUUCUUUGUUGCUGCAUGAUGUUUGCUUUCGCCCGUCACAUCCUUCAGUGAAAAUCACGGUGACUGCAGGAGAUCCAGCGGCUUUCAGCUUUGUAUAGAUCUCUCAUUGCAUACUCAUUUCGUGUUUUAGGAGAAAUUUAAGUUAUUUUAUACUUUGUGUCAAUAUUUUGAUCGUCUCUUUUUAUUGUUGACAGUGAUAACUGUUCCAGAUAAUUUCCGGUUUUAUGUGGAAGCUGUAGUUGAAGACAUUCCUUUAUGUAUCCCAGGCAGUGUUUCGUCUAGAACCCAUCUUGUAAAUGUAUUCUGUUCUGUGCUGGAGAUCUGUGUUAUUAUCACUGUAUCGCUGUGUAUGUGUGUGUGUGUGUGUGUGUGUGUGUGUGCGUGUGUGUGUCACAUGUACAGAGAUGUCCUGCCAAUAUUCAUGUACAUAAAGCCUAAAUAUAGAACAAAUAAUCCCUGUGUCA